AUGGGCCGAGGCACAGGAUGGGCAGUCUGGGAUGCAUCCGUCACCCUGGCGCACUGGCUGCAGCACAUUUCAGUGGAGCAGAGGCUCCAGCUCCUGCCUCCUGGGAAAGCCUUCCUGGAGCUGGGGUCCGGCACAGGGAUUGCAGGCCUGUCUGCCGCAGCGUGCCUGGACCAGGGCUACGCCCACCUGUCAGACUUGCCUUCGGUACUGCCAGCCCUCCGGCAUAAUGUCCAGCUGAACCCUGCGGUCUCCUCCCGUGUUUCGGUGGUGCCCUGUGACUGGGAGUCUGUGGGGCGUGAAGCUCUGCCUGCGGCGCCUUAUGCGCUUGUCAUCGCAGCUGACUGCGUCUGGCUGGAGGCACUGGUGCAGCCCUUCAUCAACGCCCUCCUCACCGCCACCGGCCCCAAGAGCAAGGUCCUGCUGGCUCACCAGUGCCGAUCACAGCGUGUAGAUGAUGCCUUCUUCCCCAGGCUUGCAGCGGCAUUCAAGGUCGAGCCCGUCUCUCAGCGACCUGGCGAGCCCGAGCGGGGCGCCAUCGACCUGUACCUCUGUGAGCGUUUGGAAUGA